AUGGGAAAUUGGGCAGAACUCCCGGAAGACAUACUUGUUCUAAUUGCUAAACGAAUAACUCUCUUUGAAGAUUUCCUCUUUUUCAGUGGAGUUUGCAGAUCAUGGCGUUCUGUUGCAGUCAACGACAAUUUCAAGGAAUCUGAUCAAAUCCCAUGGCUGAUGCUAUCUGAGAAAGACAAACCCGACGAGCGUCAAUUUGUUAGCAUGAGAAAAGGAGGCGUAAUUCGCACAAUCAAUUUACCAGAAGCUAGGGGAAAACGAUGUCUCGAGACUUUAGGAUGGCUGGUAACUACAUCCGAAGACAGUGACAUCAAUCUACUCCAUCCUUUCACUAGAGUUCAAAUUAAUGUUUCCCAUAUCUCUACUUCCGAAUACUACCACCCGAGAAGGAAUAAGCAUCUGAGAUUCAUAAAUAAGGCCAUCUUGUCUUCACGUCCGGAGGAGGGCAAAGAUUAUGUACUCAUGGUUAUAUAUGCAGGUGGCGACACUGGCGGCGGAUUUCUUGCUUUUUGGAGAUCCCGAGAUAAGUCCUGGAUCGCCGUCAACAUUGUUUGGUUCUAUGAUAUCAACUUUUAUAAUGGACUAUGUUAUGGGGUCAGAGGUACGGUCAGUACGGAGAUUCUUGCUUUUGACGUUUGGGGGCCUAACCCAACUGUGGCAUUGGUUGUUGGAUAUGGUCCUAGUCAUGUGUACUUUGAAGGGUUCAAGAAACCGCAUAUAGUAGAAUCGGCAGGUGUAGUACUAAUAGUUCAUCGAAUCUUUGGACAAGUAUCCCCGUCCACUUUUUCUGAAGACGACCCCUAUAUUUUCGAGACGUGUAGAUUUACAGUGUUCGAGUUUGAUUCUAGCGAAAAAGGGAAAGGGGUGGAGAAAACGAGCUUAGGCAACAGUGCCUUGUUUUUGGGUGACAAUGCGUCCGUCUCUGUUGACACCUCUAGAUUUCCUGGGAUCAAAGCUAACUGUAUCUAUUACACUGAUAGUUUCAAGCGAGGAGGAAAUUACAUGGGUAUUUACAACAUGGAAGAUGGAAGCCUGAGUCCUUGCUACGAAGGGGAUCCUUCUAGUCUUAUUUGUCCACCGAUGUGGGUCAAUCCGUCAUUGCACUGA